GGAAGGUUUAGGCAGCCUUCCCCACCCCAGACUUCUGGUUCCGGUCCUCGGAAUAGGGACGGUGUCGCUAUGGAGGAACCGGAGAUGCAGCUCAAGGGGAAGAAAGUCACCGACAAAUUUACCGAGAGCGUCUAUGUCCUAGCCAAUGAGCCGUCCGUGGCCCUGUAUCGCCUGCAGGAGCACGUGCGCCGCUCUCUGCCUGAGCUGGCCCAGCACAAGGCCGACAUGCAGCGGUGGGAGGAGCAGAGCCAGGGAGCCAUCUACACAGUGGAGUAUGCCUGCAGCGCCGUGAAGAACCUUGUUGACAGCAGCGUCUACUUCCGCAGUGUGGAGGGUCUCCUGAAACAGGCCAUCAGCAUCCGGGACCACAUGAACGCCGCCACCCAGGGCCACAGCCCCGAGGAACCGCCCCCACCCUCCUCGACCUGAUCCCAGAAGAGACUUGGAGGUGCUUGGGCCCCUCUAACCCAGGCCACAGGCCCUGUCCCAUCCCAAGGAGCUCCCCAAGACAGAGAGGGGAGCCCACGUUUCCCCUGCCCUGCCACAUGCCAGCUGCUUGCUUCACCCACACACAUUCUCAGGCAGAGCCCGGCAUGACGGUUACCCAUCCAGCUCUGGAAUCCUCGCUUCACCAAUGACCCUGCUGUGUGACCCUGAACAAGUCCCUCCCCCUCUCUGAUCUCUGCUUUUCCCUUCUGCCAGAGUGGCUCAUCUGGCAGCAGAGAUGGUGCUGCUGCAUACAGUGAUGUGUGUUUCAGCAGUCAGCUACUGCUGCGUGACAAGCUAUCCCCAAACUUAAUGGUGUAUACCAUCAGUCAUUGCCUGCUCAGGAUUCUGUGAUUUGGGCUGGGCAGUUCUGCUGGUCUCACCUGGAGGCCACUCAUGUGGCACUAGUCAGAGCUCGAAGGGACCGGAUAGUCAGAGGUGGCCUCACUCACACAUCUGGCCCUUGACCAGUGCUGUUGGCUGUGGGGGUCCAGUUCUCUUCCCUGUGGCCUCUCCAGCAAGCCACCCUGGGCUUCUCCUGGUGGCCGGGCACCCAGUGCAUACGUGCUCAUCCAGCCUCUGCUUGCUUCACAUUUGCAUAUGUCCCAUUGGUCAAGGCCAGUGAUGUGCCCAGCCCAGGACGGGAUGGGAGAGGACUGCAGGAGGCUGUCAGUCCUGGGAGGUGUGGUUGACCGUGUAAGGAGAGCAUGACUCCAAGAAAGGCCUGGAGUAUUGUUAUUCUGUGCCCGUGCAGGGCAGAACCCUGCAGGUCCAGGGUGCCCAAGAGACUUAGUGAGCCCUGGCUUAUGUAGCUCUCUGAGCCCCCUUCCCAUGUGC